AUGCCUCUCUUCAGCCUGAUGCCUCUCUUCAGCCUGAUGCCUCUACUCGGCCUGAUGCCUCUACUCGGCCUGAUGCCUGCCAGUUGACUCGAUGCCCGCUGUUGAUCCAGAUGAUCUGGUACCUGAUCCAGUGCCCGCUGUCGUGCCAAUUGACUCAGAGCCCGCUGUCGUACCUGGUGACUCGGUGCCCACUGCCUUGCCAGAUGACGCGGUGCCCACUGGCGAGCUAAAUGACCAGAUGCCUGGUGACCCGAUGCCCGCUGUCGAGCCAGACGAUCCAAUGCCUGGUGACCCGGUGCCCACUGCCUUGCCAGAUGACGCGGUGCCCGCUGGCAAGCCAAAUGACCUGAUGCCUGGUGACCCAGUGCCCGCUGUCAUACCUGGUGACUCGAUGCCCGCUGUCGAGCCAGACUAUCCGGUACCUGAUGACCCGGUGCCCGCUGUCGUGCCAAUUGAUCUUGCCAGACGACUCGGUGCCCGCUGUUCCGCCAGUCGACUCGAUGCCCGCUGUUCCGCCAGACGA